GAUGCUUCGACUGACGUCAGUCGGGGGAAGGGCUGACUGCUCAAGAAAACUAGCGGCGCAGGGUUCGGGUAUUGUCGGGCUUACUGCAGCGUCAACCUGCUUAUCUUAAUCGUUUCGAUCUAAACAAACAGUGAUUUGUCGACAACGCUUCAGGCCUGAGCCUCAAGGUGGGGCAGAGUGAGGUGGGUGGUGGGGAAGGAAGGCCUAGCCCCCCAUCCUUGCAAGAGGCCAGCCCCAGCUUCCGCUCCAGUAUCCCCUAGCCUAAGCCCCUCCAGGACUGAGAAGGGACCAUGAGCACAGGCAAGCCCAGCGGAAUCAAGCCCCCCAGUAAGAUAAGCAGGCCAACUGGGUUACCAACACGCACCUCCCCUUCCUCUGCUGCUUCCAAGCCUGUACCCCCUGAGAAGUCUCCCACCCAGGAUGGAGCAGUGGACUACCGGGUGGGGGAGAAGGUGUGGGUCAACGGCAACAAGCCAGGAUAUGUCCACUUCCAGGGGAAUACACAGUUUGCCCCGGGCCAGUGGGUCGGCAUCGUCCUGGAUGAGGCUAUCGGGAAGAACGACGGGUCGGUGGCAGGUGUCCAGUAUUUCCAGUGUGAGGACGGCAGAGGAAUAUUCACACGGCCCUCCAAGCUGACCAAGACAGCUAUGCCGGAGAGGGAGGCCAAUGGUGGGCAGCCUAACCCUGGCGAGACAGGGGCCAAGUCCUCUAGCUCUGCUGCUGCUGGGGCUGCUACUACCACUGGUAACAGCACCAAGACACCGCUGAGUAGAACCGUGACCGGCAAUGGGUCAAUGUCCAACCUCUCUGAGACCGACUCAGCCAGGAAGACCAGAAGAGAACUAAGACUGGGAGACCGCGUGCUGGUGGGGGGUACUAAGGCAGGGGUGGUGAGGUUCAUGGGAGAGACCGAGUUUGCCAAGGCGGAGUGGUGUGGAGUGGAGCUGGACGAACCUCUUGGGAAGAAUGAUGGAGCCGUGGCUGGAACCAGGUAUUUCCAGUGCCUGCCGCGAUACGGUCUGUUUGCUCCAGUCCAUAAGGUGACUCGUAUCGGCUUCCCCAGCACCCUGGCUAAAGCCAAGGCUUCCUCUCGGAGACGCUCCACCAUGAAGAGGAGUCCCAGUGCCUCCUCCAUGAGCUCCCUGAGCUCUGUCACCUCCUCUGUUAGUGGGAAACCCAGCCGGGCUGGCCUGUUGACGGAGACCUCGUCACGGUAUGCUCGUAAGAUCUCUGGCACCACAGCGCUACAGGAAGCGCUGAAGGAGAAGCAGCAGCACAUCGAGCAGCUAUUGGCCGAGAGGGACAUGGAACGCGGGGAGGUCGCCAAAGCAACCAGCCAUGCUGGAGAGGUGCAGCAGGAACUGUCUCUGCUCAGGAAGGUUCAGGAGCAGAAUGCUAUGGAGAUGGAAGAUAAGCUGGACCAGCUGCGUAAACUGGUGGAGACAGCAGACAGAGACAAGGUGGAGCUGCUCAGCCAACUGGAGGAGGAGAAGAGGAAAGUGGAAGACCUGCAGUUCACUGUGGAAGAGGCUUGCAUCACUAAAGGUGACCUAGAGACGCAGACCAAACUGGAGCAUGCCCAUAUUAAGGAGCUUGAGCAGAGCCUUCUGUUUGAAAAGACCAAAGCUGACAAACUGCAGAGGGAUUUAGAGGACACUAGGGUGGCAACAGUGUCUGAGCAGUCCAGGAUUAUGGAGCUGGAGAGAGAAGUAGCGGCGCUGCAGUUGAGACUACGCUCCUCCCAGCAGACAGGGGGCGCUGUGUCGCUGUCACCAGAGGCGCUCAGCAACCUUAAGGCACGGGCCCAGUCCCAGGAGAAGAAGAUCAGUGAACUGAAUGUGAAUCUGGACAGCAGGCAGAAACAGCUAUGCUCUGUAGAAGAGGACAAGAGCUCCCUGGAACAGCAGCUAACCAGCCUGAGACAGAAACUGGACGUAGCAGAGGAAAAGAACAAGAGGACGGAACGAACCAUGCAAGAGCUGGAGAAGAGAGGAGAGCAGACGGAAAAAGAGAGGGAGGCACAGAGAGAAGAGAACCAAGGCAAAGAGAAAGAGCUUCAGGAUAGACUGACGCAGGCUGCUGAGUCAUCAGAGAGGACCGCCCACUCACUGGAGCAGCUGAUCAUUGAGAAGACAGCGCUAGAGGCUCAGGCUCAUGCAUAA